AUGCAUGAAACCAACAAAAUCAAAGCAUUUGUUCAAAAUAUUAAAAGUAAUACUGAAAAGAAGUUAAAAUGGAUACCGAUGAAUAUGACAAAUUCAACGCCGAAUUUUCCACGAAUGAGUCUUAACGAAUUACAAGAGCUACCUCUUGGAGUUUAUCAAUUAAAACAAGCUCGUGCUUACAUUGCCGAGCAUAUGGCUUCCGAUGGAGUUCAUUCGGUUAAAAUAGCUAAUCCAAGAAGUGAUCUUUUGAGGCUACAGUCCAAUCAAGACACAAAGCUAAUGUCAAAUAUGAUGCCUACAUUCAAUAUGAUUCAAAGAAUAUUACAGGCUGAUAUUACACUUGUCCAAAUGGAAGUAGAAAGAUAUAUUCCAAAAGAAUUACAACCACGAUCAUCACUAUACUAUACAUCAAUAACCAAUGCUCAAGAUUACUCAGAAAUCUUUGAUGUCGACUCCGAUUUCAGUGAUGAAGAUUCUAAUACACUAUAUACAUUAGUUUAA